AUGGGCUUGACCAUAUUGAUUGGUUUAGUAGCAUUAGCCGCGACCGCCGCUUGGGUCAUCUUCACUUACUUUCUCUCUCCUCUGGCCUCCAUCCCUAAUGCGGGAAUCCUGGCUCCCGUCUCCCGUUUACUCUGGGAGUUUCCCACCGAGUAUCAAGGCAAAAUCACCCUGGAGCUACCCAGACUUCAUCGAAAGCUUGGCCCUCUCGUCCGGAUCGGACCCAACCAAAUCUCGUUCUACUCCCUCGACAUCUACAAGAUAGUGCAUGCACCAAAUAGCCCGUUCGCCAAAGACCCUCGCGUGUAUAACCAAUUCGUCCAGGAUGGCCACCCUGCGCUGUUUUCGAUCACUGACACAAAGGAGCAUGCCCAGCGUCGACGCCACAUGGGUAUCCUUUUCAACCGCAGCAAGGUUCCCGCAUUGACGGAAAUGAUGCUGGAGCAGAUCGAUAAGUGGAUCAAGUGUUUGGGUCUCGCUAAGAGCAAAGGGCCGAUUGAUCUCGGACCAUCCUGUCGCGCCUUGGAGUCGGAUAUUGUUUCAACGUUUGCAUUUGGUAAUGCGAUUGGGGGAAUAGACUCUCUUCAGAGCGGGGAUGAGCUUGCGGUCAUUAAGGAGAAUGAUCUCAAGUCCUCGAAGAUGCCAGUGGUAUCACACAUUAUCUACGCCUUGUCACUAAACCAAUCCUUCCAAGCAGAGGUUAUCGCCGAUCUCGAUGCUUCUGGAUGGCCCACCGAUAUGUCCGCCCUGGAAGCCAUCCCCCGCCUGGUAGCCUGCGUCAAAGAGGGGAUCAGAUGGACCGGAGCCGCCGCCGCAAUGCUUCCGCGCAUCGUGCCACGCGGUGGAUAUUCCCUGGCGGGGAAGCAUCUUCCGGGAGGGACAAUGAUCUCCAGUUCUCCGAUCUGGUAUCUCCGCGACGAGACCGCAUUCCCAGACCCCGAACGUUAUAGGCCUAGUCGGUGGCUGGUCCAGGAAAAGACCGACACGACGUCGCGGCGAGAUGACUACUACAUCCCGUUCUCAAAAGGCGCGUCUACGUGUAUCGGCAAUCACUUUGCAUCCCUCGAGCUAUACCUGUCUGUCUCACGGCUGCUGAAGCGAUAUUUCAUCCACCCGGCAGAUCUGUCCGGUGCUAAUGCUUCGGAUCACGAAGCCGUCCUUCCACCGCGACGGGAGUGGGUUGCUGCUGUGCCGAUGAAUCGGCUAGAGGUGGUUCUCCGGGAACGGUCAUAG